AUGGUGACUGAGAUGCGGGAGCUUCAACCCCCAGGAGGCAUAGGGGUUGCUUCUGUUAAUGGUGGAUCACUUUUUGACUGCCGUGUACCAGGCACCUCCUUGCGCUUCGGUCCCUUCAAUACCAUCCAGGAAUUCCAUCGGCAUUUACGCAUGGGCAUGGAGUUUGAUUCUAGGCUUGACCCUGAAAUUCAGGGCCUUAUCAAACAACAAAGCAAGUCUUGGCCGUUGGUAUUUACUCAUGGCGAUCUGAGCAGCCUCAACAUUCUUGUUCACGCAGAUGAUAUUGUUGGUAUUAUUGACUGGGAAACUGCUGGUUGGUACCCGUCAUAUUGGGAAUACACCUCUGCCUACCAAGUCAACCCACAAAACUCUUUCUGGAUCAAUGAGAUUGACAAGUUCCUACAACCAAUGUCGGAAGAGCUGGCGAUGGAACAGAUCCGCCAAAAACACUUUGGAGCUAUUUGA